AUGCCAAGUACAAUACAAGCAAAAUAUAUGAUUUUGGCUUCUGGUAAAUUGCCUAUAGGGAUUUCAGGAAAUUGAUACAUUGCACUAGUUAACGGCAUUGGCUGGCUUAAGAGAAGAGAUAUCUCCUUGACUGGCAUCAUCCUAAUCAGCUUGGCCAUCUCCAGAAUCUGUAUGUGUAAUAUCAUUAAUGGCUUCAUUAUGCUGCUCUCUCUGUAUACAUAUGGGUAUGAGAAUGGUGACCUGCCAAGCAUUUUGGAUGUUGUCUGGACGCUUGCCAAUAAUCCCAGUGCCUGGUUUCCUUUUUGCCUUGGCAUCUGCUGUUUAUUCAAGAUAGUCAAUAUAUCCCUCAUUUUUUUCUGGCUGAAGCUAAGGGUCACCAGUGUUAUCUUUGGGAUCCUUCUGGGGUCCUCUCUUAUCUCCUUAAUUAUUAGCAUUUCAAUACAUGAUAUGUGCAUCUUCAAGGCCAGCUGUGAAGAAAACAAUACUUGGGAAUCCAAACUGAGUAAAAUUCCAAGUGCUUCCAAACAGAUAACCUUAAACCUGAGAGGCAUCAUCCCCUUUACUUGCCUGAUCUCAUUUUUCUUGUUACAUUUCUUCCUAUGUAGGCACACUAACCAGAUAAAAUUUCAUGCUACGGUGCCCAGAGAGCCCAGCAGAGAAGCCCACAGGGCCAUGAGGGCAGCAAUUGUCUUUCUGCUCCUCCUUACUGUGUAGUAUGCAGUCUUUCUCAUAAUAACCUCUGGCUUGCCAAUUUGUCAGAGAAAAUUGGUGAUAAUCGAUAGCAUAGUAACUGUCAUUUCCCCAUCAAGUCAUUCAUUCAUCCUGAUCAAGGGAAACAAUAAGCUGGGAGAAGCUUUACUGAAGGUGUUAAGGUUUGUGAAGAAUUUCCACAAAGGAAGGGAUAGCCCUAGGGACUAUCCCCAGAAAAAUGAAUCUAAAUCCCACACUAACAUCUUGUUAUUGACUAAAUGCAAAGAGGUUCUCCUUCGUUUCUUUCUGGCAUAUAGAUACUGGCAAAGAUCUUGA